AUUUUGAAGUUUUGUUCGCAAAUUCAGAAAAUGUCCGUGAAUUUUAAAAAUAUUCCUGCUUUCCAUUGUUCAUUACAAAUUCAAUAAUUGUCCAUAUUUUCAAAAUUUGUCUGCUAGUUAAAACAAUGUUCACAUUUUGAAAAUGUUCAUAAAUUUGAAAAAUUUAGGGCUGUCAAUUUUUGUUCCUGAUUUUCAUAAUUUAGAAAAUGUUCAUGUUUGUAAAUUUGUUUAUUUUUUGAAAAAAUCUUUGAGUUCCCAAAAAAUGUUAUGUUUUCGCAAAAUGUAAGAGUUUUGUUUUUUUUCAGAAAUCUCAAAAAUAAAGUCACAUUUGAAAUUUUGAAAAAAGUUCAUAUAAACUGGGCUGCCAUUUUGGGUACCAAAUAUUUAGAAAUUACUGUGGCUAGCGAUGUUGAUCACGCGCAGUAGGUCUUCGAUUCAAGUCCUCGCACAAACUUUAGUUUUUGGGAAUUUUAGGGAAUUGUUGUUUCGGUUUUGCCGCUGUCGUUUGUUUCUUUAUAUAUGGCGCUGCAAAUCUAGCAUGAGUGUUUGUUAGGCGCAACGGCUAGCUCAGCACAUGGAUUUUGUUUUUGCAUGGCGCAACACGUGACUUGCUAAGGUGGGGUCGUGGGAGCAAAUCACAGCGAGCACGGUCCUAUCUUUGCCUUUUUCAACUCUCGAAGACUCGAACGUGAUGCCUCCGCCUGCCACUGCAAAUGGACCGGCCUCGGUGCGAAACGCCGACCUUUUGCCGCAACGAGCGGCAUAUAGGAGGUCCCCGAAAUGAGAUGCAAGUAACUGACUGGUGGGCCUCCGAGAAAACUGUGUGGGAUCUCGGCCCAACGAAACAAGGAAGCCAUGUGUAUAAUGGCCAUCAGUCCAGAGUCAUCCGGCCACUCUCUCCUUGCCUCAAAAAAGAAAAAGAAAAACAAAUAGCAGACCACUCUUCCGCUUCACUCGCCACCCCCAAACCCUCGCCGCCUCGUCGUCCGGCGACCAUGGCCGGCCGGCCGCCGUUCACCAACGUGGACUCCGCGACGGAGGCCGAUCUGCGGCGCAGGGGCCUCGACCCGCACGAGGUGGACCGAUCCACGGAGCAGCGGCUCACCCACAUCUGCACCGAUCUCGUCCCCGCCCUGCCGGCCUCCGACCCCCGGCGGCACACGCCCCUGCACAAGAUUCUCUCCCGCCGCGCCGUCACGGACCCCGCGCGCAACCCCGCCCUCCCCGCGCCCGACGGCGUCGACCGCCUCAGCCUCCUCCGCGACGCGCUCCUGCGCGAAAUCCUCUGCCGCCUCCCCGUCAAGGACGGCGCGCGCACCUCCGUCCUCGCCUCGCGCUGGCGCCGCGUCUGGCUCUCCACGCCCCAAGUCCUGGCCGACGCCCACCUCCGCCCCAAAGGCUGCGGCUUGCCCCCCACGCCCGCCGACUCGCCGGCCAUCGUCGCCGCCUUCUCCAGCAUCCUCGAAGCGCACACGGGCGCCAUCCCCACCGUCCACCUCACCUGCACCCACACGAACGCGUACCAGGCCCAGCUCGCGCGCUGGCUCCACCUCCUCGCCACCAAGGGCGUCCAGGAGCUCGUCCUCGUCAACCGCCCGUGGCCGCUCGACGUGCCCCUCCCGCCCGCGCUCUUCAGCAUCACCACCCUCGCUUGCCUCUACAUCGGCCUCUGGAAGUUCCCGGACGUGGCCAGGUUACCGCCCGGCACCUCCUUCCCCCAUCUCCGUGAGCUCGGCAUCUGCAGCGUCGUCAUGGAGGACGGGGACAUCGACUUUGUCGUCGCCAAGAGCCCCAUCCUGGAGACCCUCAACAUCCAUGGAUGCAACAAGGGGCUGCGCCUUCGCCUCGUCAGCCAGAGCCUCCGGUGCGUCCAAAUUUGCAGCUCUGUUCUGGAGGACAUUGCCGUGGUGAAGGCACCUCGCCUCGAGCGGCUCAUCCUGGAGGGCCUUCGGAGCAACGCCGGUGGCUUGUGCACCAGAGUCAGGAUUGGCGAUGCUCCCAAGCUGCACGCAUUAGGAAUCUUGGAGCCAGGGAACACCAUGCUAGAGAUCCGAGACACCAUCGUUAUGGCCGGGAUGAAGGCAAGCUCAAGCACCAUGGCCACCAGCGUCAAGGUCCUGAGUCUGAAUGUGCGUUUCGCAAACCACACGGAUGCCAAGAUGGUUCCCUCCUUCCUCGGCUGCUUUCCCAAUUUGGAGGCACUGCACAUUAUUUCUGAAAAAUGUGAUCAUCAAGCCGGCAGUGCCAGGAUGAACCUCAACUUCUGGAAGCAGGCCAAGCCCACUGAAAGCCUCAAGUCGUGUAUCAAGGUGUUCUCUUACAGAGAAUUCCGAGGGGAGCUUGGGGAGGUUGCCUUCAUCAAGUUCUUCUUCCGGAACGCGAGGGCGCUGAGGACUGCGUCCAUCUCCAUGGCUAACCCGAGCUUCAUGACAUUCUCGAUGGAUGAGGCGACUUGUAAAGCAAAGCAAGCUUCUAACAAUAUGGCCAGUAGGUCCUGCGAAAUGGUGCUUCUCGGAAGCACAGGUCCUGAAGGAGGUAGCCCCUGGAGCUUCAAGAGAGGGACGGAUUACUCCUUUGAGGACCCUUUCUCAGCGGCUCUGUUAAAUUCGUCGUCCGAUGUUUGAUGAGAAUCAGAAAUACUAUGGACUGAUGAUAGCUUGCUUGCCGCUUUCCCAUAGUAAAUGCUCCUUACAACUUUUUGAUUGUGGCAGCAUGCUUUAACUGUAUUUUGUGGAUCAUGUCGUCCUGAUCGCCAUGCAGAUCAAUUAUCAUCA